AACCCCUCUUUGGCAGGUGCUACCGAAACCCAUCCCAUCCCAUCUAGUGAAAUCAAUAGGUUCCCAUCUCUAUUACAACUGAAAGUCACGCGUGGUCUCUAUUAAAAGUCCAUUUCUCGGAUGGUGGCGAAUAAGAAACUGACAAUGAAUCAGAAGGGACACGGGGGAAAACAACCGGAGAGAAACCCUCCGGGUGAUGUACCGUUGUCGAUCAGUCGUUUUAUGGUGAUUUAAUGGGCAAUGAGCUGCAUUUAAGUGCGGUACUUUGCGGUCAAGCGGGAGUGAAUCAACUCGGAGGUGUUUUCGUAAACGGUCGUCCUCUUCCAGAUUGCGUCCGAAGAAGAAUCGUCGAAUUGGCAUUGUUAGGAGUUAGACCAUGUGACAUAUCUCGACAACUUUUAGUAUCCCACGGAUGUGUUUCGAAAAUACUUACCAGGUUUUACGAGACUGGAUCGAUUAGGCCGGGUUCAAUUGGUGGAUCCAAAACCAAGCAAGUAGCAACUCCAACAGUAGUAAAAAAGAUCCUCAAAUUCAAACAAGAUAACCCAGGAAUGUUCGCAUGGGAAAUCAGGGAACAACUAAUAUCCCAAAGAAUUUGCGAACCCCACAACAUUCCUUCUGUAAGCUCAGUCAACCGAAUUUUAAGAAACAGCGGAGCUUGGCCGGAUGCACCAGAAAUUUUGCAUCAUAGAACAUCACAUUCUGAUCAAGCUUUACGUGGAGAAAUCUACGGAAAAACAAAUAUCCAACACGGAAAUACGAUCCAAUACUUUCCAACAUUACAAGAAGGAUACGCUUCAGGGCGGUUAGCAGCUCUUCAACAUCAAUUGCAUAUAACGACAGCGUCGCCCGGUAUGGUGGAAGCGCCGGGUACAAAUUGGUCCAAUUUGGUUAUUCCAUAUAAACCCUCAACGCCGUCGAGAUACCCAAAUUCAACAGAUGGAGAUAUUGAUGUUACGUCCGAAGAGGAAAAUAUCCGAACAACUAGCGAUGAAAAACCAGAAGGGAAAAGAAAGAACCCUUAUUCUAUAGAAGAAUUGUUGAAGAAACCAAAUAAGAAACCGAAACAGAUUCAUAUCACCACCAUAGACGUUCAUCAACCUCUUGGGAGGCUAAUCAAUAAUAACUCAAAUUGUAGUGAUUAUAGCGAUGUUGAUGUUAACAUGUAGAUGUUGAUGUAGGUUCUUUUAUAUGUUUUCCUUUUGAUUUAAAAGGAGGUAUUUUAAGAGAUAGAAAAUAUUUACAGUCAUUAUUGUAAUGUUAAUAUGUUAUGAUGUGAUUUUUUCUCGAACUAGUGUUUUAGAAAUGGUCUUAAUUGAUAAGCGGUGAUCGAUGUACCAUUAAGUUUUGUAAAAAAAAACAAUCAUCUGGAACGGGAUUAAUUUGAAAUUAUUUUAAAAAAGCCAUAAAUGUAUAUAGAUUAAUAUUUAUUGUCUCAUCUUUAGUUGCCAUAUGUGGUUUUUAAAAGACACAGUCAUCCUUGCAUUUAAGUUUGACAUCAAGAACUUACUACUUGCAACCAUUUCAACUUUGUUAAUAGUAUUAUCAUGAAUUCUAGUAAAUGGAGGGAUUGCUGUACUUUUAUUAUUUAGGGACAAGAAUAGUUUAUAAAUAUAAUUUUAG